AUGUCUAGCCUGUAUGCAGGUGUGAGGAUAUCGGCUGGUAUCUACUGUAUGUCUAGCCUGUAUGCAGGGGUGGAGAUAUCGACUGGUAUCUACUGUAUGUCUAGCCUGUAUCCAGGGGUGGGGAUAUCGGCUGGUAUCUACUGUAUGUCUAGUCUGUAUGCAGGGGUGGAGAUAUCGGCUGGUAUCUACUGUAUGUCUAGCCUGUGUGCAGGGGUGGGGAUUUCGGCUGGUGUCUACUGUAUGUCUAGCUUGUAUGCAGGGGUGGGGAUAUCGGCGGGUAUCUACUGUAUGUCUAGCCUGUAUGCAGGGGAGGGGAUAUCGGCUGGUAUCUACUGUACGUCUAGCCUGUAUGCAGGGGUGGAGAUAUCGACUGGUAUCUACUGUAUGUCUAGCCUGUAUCCAGGGGUGGGGAUAUCGGCUGGUAUCUACUGUAUGUCUAGCCUGUAUGCAGGUGUGGAGAUAUCGGCUGGUAUCUACUGUAUGUCUAGCCUGUAUGCAGGGGAGGGGAUAUCGGCUGGUGUCUACUGUAUGUCUAGCCUGUAUGCAGGUGUGGAGAUAUCGGCUGGUAUAUACUGUAUGUCUAGCCUGUAUGCAGGGGUGGAGAUAUCGACUGGUAUCUACUGUAUGUCUAGCCUGUAUGCAGGGGUGGAGAUAUCGGCUGGUAUAUACUGUAUGUCUAGCCUGUAUGCAGGGGUGGAGAUAUCGACUGGUAUGUACUGUAUGUCUAGCCUGUAUGCAGGGGUGGAGAUAUCGGCUGGUAUCUACUGUAUGUCUAGCCUGUAUGCAGGGGUGGAGAUAUCGGCUGGUGUCUACUGUAUGUCAAGUCUGUAUGCAGGUGUGGAGAUAACGGCUGGUAUCUACUGUAUGUCUAGCCUGUAUCCAGGGGUGGAGAUAUCGGCUGGUAUCUACUGUAUGUCUAGUCUGUAUGCAGGGGUGGAGAUAUCGGCUGGUAUCUACUGUAUGUCUAGCCUGUAUCCAGGGGUGGAGAUAUCGGCUGGUAUCUACUGUAUGUCUAGCCUGUGUCCAGGGGUGGAGAUAUCGGCUGGUAUCUACUGUAUGUCUAGCCUGUAUGGAGGUGUGGAGAUAUCGGCUGGUAUCUACUGUAUGUCUAGCCUGUAUGCAGGGGUGGGGAUAUCGGCUGGUAUCUACUGUAUGUCUAGCCUGUAUCCAGAGGUGGAGAUAUCGGCUGGUAUCUACUGGGUGGGGAUAUCGGCUGGUAUCUACUGUAUGUCUAGCCUGUAUGCAGGUGUGGGGAUACCAGCUGGUAUCUACUGUAUGUCUAGCCUGUAUGCAGGUGUGGGGAUAUCGGCUGGUAUCUACUGUACGUCGAGUCUGUAUGCAGGUGUGAGGAUAUCGGCUGGUAUCUACUGUAUGUCUAGCCUGUAUGCAGGUGUUUGGAUAUUGGCUGGUAUCUACUGUACGUCGAGUCUGUAUGCAGGUGUGGGGAUAUCGUCUGGUAUCUAUUGUACGUCGAGUCUGUAUGCAGGUGUGGGGAUAUCGGCUGGUAUCUACUAUACGUCUAGUCUGUAUGCAGGUGUGGGGAUAUCAGCUGGUAUCUACUGUAUGUCUAGCCUGUAUGCAGGGGAGGGGAUAUCGGCUGGUAUCUACUGUAUGUCUAGUCUGUAUGCAGGUGUGGGGAUAUCGGCUGGUAUCUACUGUAUGUCUAGCCUGUAUGCAGGUGUGAGGAUAUCGGCUGGUAUCUACUGUAUGUUUAGUCUGUAUGCAAGGGUGGGGAUAUUAGCUGGUGUCUACUGUUUGUCUCGUCUGUAUGCAGGGGUGGGGAUUUCGGAUGGGGUGGGGAUUUCGACUGGUAUCUACUGUACAUCCCGCCUGUAUGAAGGGGUGGGGAUAUCGGCUGAAGUCUACUGUACAUCCCGCCUGUAUGCAGGGGUUGUGAUAUCGGCUGAUGUCUACUGUACAUCCCGCCUGUAUGAAGGGGUGGGGAUAUCGGCUGAUGUCUACUGUACAUCCCGCCUGUAUGCAGGGGUUGGGAUAUCGGCUGAUGUCUACUGUACGUCUAGUCUGUAUUCAGGAGGAUAUCGGCAUGUAUCUCAU